AUGGAAAUGUUGUUGAAGGUGGACUCAUUCCGCAAUAAUCAAUUAAAAAUAUUGAUGCAGAGCUUCGAGGAACUUAUAGUAUCGAUUAAAACGGAAGACAGCAUUUUGCAAGAAGUAUCAGAACAUAUCAAAGGCACUACAAAAUCAAAUAAUCAGCUUAGAAUACAAGAUGAUGAAACAAAUGCCGAAGGGAAUAUCGAAGUUAAUAGCAAAGAAAAUCAUAAGACAGAGUUGCAAAAGCAGGUCGAGAUUGGAGAAAUUACUCCAUUUGAAGCAGUAUUUAAACAGUCAGCUUUUCAGCAUAAAGAAGGGAGUGCCAAUAAAAGUUCUCAAUUGUUUGAUCUUGAGAAGUACUUCAAACAACAAGCUGCUCUUGCUGAACAAAAGAGAAAAUUAAAGACUGUAUCUAAGACACCUGACAAAGACACGGUACCAAUCAAAAAAACAAAAUUACUUGAUACUGAUACAAGAACGAAUAAAAAAUGUCAAAAAUCUAAACACGAGAACGACAAAGAUAACACUGUGCAAAGUGUAGACAAGACAGACUCCAAUGAAGCAAAUGAGAUUGUUGACAAUAGUUCAGGAAGCGAAUAUAUUCCCAGUGAUAAUGAAGUGGAUUUCGAUACGGAAGCUAAAACAUCAUCUAGAAAAAGAAAAACUUCAGUCAAAUCCAGCUGCAUCCGCACAAAAAAAACUCGAGAUGAUGGAGAUAAUCAACUAUUCAAGCAAAGAGUAGAAACAAAUACUUAUCCCAAAGAUGAAGCAAUGCACAAAAUUGAUACUCUCUUUAAAAUGCCACAAUGUAUUUGGGAAAAAUUAUACAGAUAUCAAAAAGUCGCAGUUAAGUGGCUCUGGGAAUUACAUAGCCGUAAAUUAGGCGGUCUGUUGGGUGACGAAAUGGGAUUAGGAAAAACUGUGGAGAUUAUUGCAUUUCUCGCGGGUUUGGAUUGUAGUGAAUUGCUCUCUUACCACGGAAGAUACAGAGGAUUAGGCCCGACUAUAGUUGUGUGUCCUGCUACUUUAAUGGAGCAAUGGGUGAAGCAUUUUCACGAAUGGUGGCCUUUCUUCAGAGUCGUUGUGCUUCACCAUUCUGGUGGCUACAUUGGUGAUCCAGAAAGUUUGAUAGAAUCUCUACAAACUGGCGGAAUACUUAUUACUUCUUACAACGGAGUGCUCAAACACAAAGAUUUGCUUGUGUCUAGUCAAUGGCAUUAUAUUAUUCUGGACGAAGGCCAUAAUAUUCGCAACCCACAAGCAAAGAUAAGCCGAGCGGUGAAGCGAUUCUCCACUCCGCAUCGAUUGCUGUUAACUGGUAGUCCAAUGCAGAAUUCUCUGAAGGAAUUGUGGUCCUUGUUUGAUUUCAUUUUACCUGGCAAAUUGGGUACGCUACCUGUAUUUCUAGAACAUUGCGCGAUGCCCAUAACACGCGGUGGUUACGCAAAUGCCACGCCGUUACAGAAAGCAACGGCUCUCCAAGUAGCCACUAUGCUGAAAAACACUAUUACACCAUAUAUGCUUCGAAGAACAAAGACUGAUGUGAAGCAUCAUCUCACUCUACCGGAGAAAAACGAACAGGUAUUAUUUUGCAGCUUAACAGAUGAGCAAAAGAAAUUGUAUAAAAAAUAUUUAUGCUCCGAUGAUGUUUCUUUUGUUCUUCACGGGAGAAAUUAUUGUGGUAGCGGAAGAUACAGAGCGAGAUUUUUCAUUGCUUUGUCAGCAUUGAGAAAAAUAUGUAAUCAUCCGGAUCUGUUUUUGUACACCAGAGAACAAGAUUCCGAUGAAGAUAUCGAUUUGUCCGACGAACAAAUAGAGAAGUUCGGAUAUUAUAAACGUGCUGGAAAAAUGAUAGUUGUUCGAUCUCUUCUAAAAAUCUGGCAGAAACAAGGUCAUAGAGUGCUACUUUUUACUCAGGGAAGACAGAUGAUGCACAUUUUGGAGUCUCUUUUGAUACGUGAAAAGUAUACUUAUUUGAGAAUGGAUGGAACAACAGCAAUGUCUCAACGGCAGCAAACGAUUCAAAAAUUUAACAAUGACUCGUCAUAUUUUGUCUUCUUAUUGACAACGCGCGUAGGAGGCCUGGGAAUAAACCUGACCGGUGCGAAUCGAGUGGUUAUUUACGAUCCCGAUUGGAAUCCAGCUACAGACGCUCAAGCGAGAGAACGCGCAUGGAGAAUAGGCCAGAAUAAGCAAGUCACUGUCUAUAGAUUAAUUACUGCUGGCACGAUUGAGGAAAAGAUGUACCACAGACAGAUCUUCAAGUUACUACUUUCGAAUAAGGUUCUUGAUGAGCCACAUCAACGUCAACUAUUUAAACCGACGGAUCUGGUGGAGUUAUUUAAUCUAAAUGAGCCAAUAGCCGAUGAGUUUUCCGAAUCGGAUCGUUUAUUUAGAGAAUCUAAAUUGACACCCAGUAGCUUUUCUCUCAGUAAGAUCGAGCAGAUGAAAAAGUUAGCGUCGAUUCUCAGUAAGAAAAUAAGUGCUAGUGUAAAAUCGAUGCGCGAUGAAAAUGAAGAUGCAAAUAAUAGCACUUAUAAAGAAAAAUGUGAUGAACAAAAUGAUAAUUCAAGACGCAUCGAUGCUCUUGCCACAAAAAAUGAUGUGUUUGUGGAUCAAAACUUAUCUUCCGAUCAAAAUAAUACACAAAAGUCUCCGAGCAAAUGUAAUGAAGAUUUUGAUAUGAAUUCUGAUGCAAAUAUUGAAAGAAAUAGUAAUAUAGAAAAUGCAAAUACAUUUAAGGACAAUUGUGAACAGAACGUAAUUCCAGUGAGCUCUCUAGAUAAUAAUUCAGUGAAGAAGAAUAAAUUUGUUUUAAGUGACGAUAAAGUCACGUCAUCGUCUACUCGUAAACAAAAAAAACACAAAAAAAAGCCGAACAAUACAAAUGUUUCUGCGAUGUUUGAGGGAGAACGUGUUUCUUGUCUAAUCGGUCGUCGUCUGGGACGUUCUACUGAAAAAGAAGAGUCAGUUUCAACCGCAGAUGACGACUAUGUGUUAAGGAAGCUAUUCGCCAAAUCAACUGUUGGUUCAGCCUUCCAACAUGAAGCAGUAUUAUCAAAUGCACGUCAUAAUAGCGAUAACGAAAACACAAUGCAACGUUUUGCACGUGAAUCUGCGCAAGAAAGCAUGGAUUUCAUUCAUCGAUCAGGGAAACAUUGUUGGAGACCAGCAUAGGAUAACCUAUAGUUUGUGAUGACAUUGUAUGUUUAUUUUUUCUAUAAAUUUUUUAUAAGAUUAUACACGCGUACUUGUGUGUGUAUAUAU